UCUAAAUGAGUGUGCAAUUUUAUUUUAUUUAAAAAAAAUAAAAAAUCUCACUAUGUGAUUAUGCCUGAACAAUGACAUCCAUCUCCAGAACAUGGCCGAUUUAUUACGUGCAUGGGCCUACACGGAGCCACUUCCUGGGCUCCCGUUGACAGUUGACGUCGGAACCUCUCUUCUGUUCCACCAAAUCGAUCCUUUCCAUGCAACGCCAAGAAAUGGUAAAUGGAGUUGCCGUCUACAUCCAGAGCCACACGAUCAGAACGGAAGCAAUAAAAAGGAAAAUUCAUUCAAAAUAUGUUUUUCUUUGCUGUUCACGGACACUACUGGACGAGCGUUCAGUAGUAAAGCAGCCGUGAAUUCCACAGUUGAUGAAAUCGACAUUUGCGAAGUCGAUCGGCACCUACUCCUCGUGCUGCCGUUGCCCGUUUCCAUCGACUUAAUUACGCAGGCAGUAUAAGUAUCGAUCGCGAGCUAGUCCUCUGACCUCAUCGUCUGAAUCAGGGCACUCGAAUCGAAGCCCAAGCCAUGGCGUCGGCCUCAGGUCGGUUCGGCAUUUCCUUCUUGAUCGUGUUCAUGACGUUGCUGGUUUCUUCUGGGAGAGGCCAGCUUUCCUCGUCCUUCUACAGCGAGACAUGUCCGAUUCUGCCGGUGACUGUGAGCUUAGUAACGAGGACGGCUCUGUUUCUGGAUCCGAGUUUGGGAGCCUCCAUGCUCCGACUCUUCUUCCAUGACUGCUUCGUUAAUGGUUGUGAUGGGUCGGUUCUGCUGGAUGACGAUGGGAGUUUCGUAGGGGAGAAGAACGCGGGGCCGAACGCCAACUCGCUGCGCGGCUUCGAGGUCGUCGACACGAUCAAGACGGCGGUGGAGAUCGAGUGCCCCCAAACCGUCUCCUGCGCCGACAUCCUCGCGCUGGCGGCGCGCGAGUCCGUCGCUCUGCUCGGCGGGCCGUCGUGGGCCUUGGGAUUAGGCCGGCGCGACUCCACCACCGCGAGCCUCAGCGGCGCCAACAGCGACCUCCCCUCGCCGGCCUCCAGCAUCCCGCAGCUCGUCUCCGCCUUCGCCGCCAAGGGCCUCAGCGCCCGCGACAUGACCGCGCUCUCCGGCGCGCACACCGUCGGCCAGGCCCGCUGCGUCAACUUCCGCGACCACGUCAACGGCGACGCCAAUAUCGACGCCUCCUUCGCUGAGCAGAGGCGGCGGAGCUGCCCUGCCUCCGGCGGCGAUGGCAACCUCGCGCCGCUCGACGAGCAGACCGUUGGCACCUUCGACAACGCCUACUUCCAGAACCUCCUCGAGUUCCGGGGGCUCCUCCACUCCGACCAGGUGCUUUACAGCAACGGCACGCAGGAGUCUUCGCUCGUGCAGCUGUACGCCUCCGACUCGUCGGCCUUCGAGGCCGACUUCGCCGCCGCCAUGGUCAAGAUGAGCAACCUCAGCCCGCUCACGGGAAACAGCGGAGAGAUCCGAAUGAACUGCAGAUCGGUCAAUUGAAAUUGGUAUAGAUUCUUGAAGUUUUUCUAUUAAUUAUAUAUUUAAAUCUGUAACAAAAAAUAACCAACGUGUGUUCAUAUAAUUUGCGAGAGUGAAAAAAUAAUAUCCAAAUGUAUAUUCAA